AUGGUGUUGACCACCCUAGUGGUGGCGACGCUCACCUUCCUGGCCACCUACUUCAUGGUGUUCGUCCGCAGGGACGGCGUCAGGAGCCCGCCAUAUCCGAUCAUCCCCCUCCCUUUUGUGGGACACUUGCUGCGGCUGGACCCAGACCCCCGCGCUCAGUUCCGUCAGUGGAGGAAACUCUAUGGGGAUGUGUUCAGUCUGGACUUAGGGCGCACUCCAGCCGUUAUUCUCAACGGCUACAGAGUGAUCAAAGAGGCACUGGUGAAAAAUGGAGACGCUUUUUCAGAUCGAAGCGCGGAGCAACUGGACACGGCAAAGGGCUUUUGUUUUCUUCUGGUCCGAACUGGAUUGAGCAGAGAAGCGUGUGCUGCUCUAUCCUCCGGGCCUUCGGCACUGGCAGGAACAUUCUAG